AUGACUUUUUCUGUUUUGUUUGUGGACUCUUAUGACUCGUUCACAUAUAAUGUUGUUGAGCUGAUAAAGGAGCAGGGGCAAGACAUCGAGGUAAUCACAAUUCAUAAUGACACUUUUCAAAGUUACAAUGAGUUGAAACCAUUUUUGAGAUUAUUUGAUGCGAUUGUCAUUGGUCCUGGUCCUGGUAAUCCAGUGAACGGACCCACAGAUAUCGGUAUAAUUGCUUCUUUGUUUAACGAUUCCGAUGUUAUUCCAAUUCUCGGAAUAUGUCUUGGUUUCCAAGUCAUGUGCCAUGCGAAUGGUGCCAGUGUUGAACAAUUGGGUAAUGUUAGACACGGCCAAGUAUUUCAGGUUAAUGUUACCGAUAAUAGCAUUGGGCUGUACAAUGGAUAUCCGAUUGCCUUCAAUUCAGUAAGAUACCAUUCUUUGCAUGUGAUUGCAGAUCCUAAUUCAUCGACAAUAAUUCCAUUAUCAGAAACUAUAGAUGAUGGUAAAAAAGUUCUUAUGGGCGGUAGGAUUAGUGGAAAACCAUGGUAUGGAGUGCAAUAUCAUCCAGAAUCGUGCUGUUCUGAGCUUGGUGGGAAAUUGAUUGCAAACUUUAUCGAACUGGCAAAAGACUAUAACGAAACCACUGGCCGUAAGAGCAACAUUAUUUCAAAGAUAUAUGAGAAUGGGAUAGGGCAACAGAACACUGAUAUUGAUAAUAUGACUACUUUGAGUCGCAAAAUUGAUAGAGAUCCGAUAGUUCCAAAAACAAGUGCAAAUGAAGGUAAAGAACCCGACAUUGAUGUUGAAGUGCACUCAAUGGAUAUCACUAAUGAAACAGACUUAACCCUCCAAUUAUGCGAAUCCUUUGAGCAAAAUAACUUACCUUUUUUUCUCAUGGCAUCCUCGACUAUAAACGCUAAUAGAGGAGAAAUAUCCAUUAUUGCAUUACCAAAUUCAAAGAGUAAAGUCUUCACACAUUAUUCCCAAUUAAAUAAGACUACUAUACAUGAUUGGCGACCAAAAAGUUUGACUGUCGAGAAAUAUUAUGAAAACUUAAUUUCCGGGCAAUCGGAUAGCAUCACUACUGUUUUAUCUGAAGAUAGGAAUAGAUUCUGGGGUACCAUUGGUUCCUUCAUGAACGACAAAAGCUGUCCAGAUCAAUGGCCAGAACUUUCAUUUAUUGGUGGUUUUGUCGGUAUUCUUGGGUAUGAAAUGGGUCAAUUCACAUCACCAGAUUUGGAAGAUCAACUAAAACCUGAUGCAAAGCUUUGUUUUGUGGACAACACCAUUUUGAUUCAUCAUACUAAAGGGAAAUUGUACACUGUAGGCCUUAAUACUAACUUUUCCGCAGAAGUUACAAAGUUAAUAAACAUUGUGUUGUCGACGAAACGCAAUUUAGAUUGGCCAAUGGAGUUACCAAAAGGCAUAACAUAUGGCAUUACACUACCUUCACAAGAAGCGUACAAGAAGGCGUUUGGUUUAUCUCAGAAAUAUUUACAUCAAGGUGAUAGUUACGAGAUCUGCUUGACUUCCCAGACUAAGAUAGAACCUAGUGAGGUCAUUUCACCGUGGAGAAUAUUCCAAACAUUGAUUCAAAAGAAUCCAGCACCGUUUUCCAGUUUCUUCCAAUUUGAUGACAUAGAACAGAACAAAUUCGAUUUGUGCCUAAUAUCUACAUCUCCGGAAAGAUUCUUGAAGUAUACAAAUGAUACUUGCGAGUUGAGACCAAUAAAAGGGACAGUCAAGAAAGGACCUGAUAUGGAUCUAGAGAAAGCAACAUGCAUCUUGAAAACCCCCAAGGAGUUCGGUGAAAACUUAAUGAUUUUAGACUUGAUCAGAAAUGAUUUAUACGAGUUAUUACCAAAAGUAACUGUUGAUGAAAUUAUGUCAGUAGAAGAGUAUAAAACUGUCUACCAAUUGGUCAGUGUUGUCCGUGGGCAUCAUUUGAAAGAUUCAAAGUACUCCGGAUUGGAUGUUUUGAAACACUCGUUACCACCGGGGUCAAUGACCGGAGCACCAAAGAAGAAAACUGUGGAGCUUUUGCAGGCGCAGAUUGAACCCUUACUAGGCUCCUCCACAAGAGGUGUAUACUCCGGUGUGACAGGAUACUGGUCCGCUAAUAUGAAUGGAGAUUGGUCUGUUAACAUCAGAUGUAUGUAUUCCUACGAUCAAGGAAACAGUUGGCAGAUUGGUGCGGGAGGUGCAGUCACGGUUCUCAGUACCUGCGAUGGUGAAUGGGAAGAAAUGUUUACGAAAUUAGAAAGUGCAUUGCAAGUUUUCAAAACCUGA